AUGUGUGAAAUCAUGUCUUUUCCCCUUAAGACUACAAUAGUUGAGUUGUACUCUUUAUGGUCAAGUGGAGAUUCUACUAUAGGGAAUUCUGGGAAUAGAGCUUGUUUAAAUAUAAUACCUAUGGGAAAAAGAGAUUAUCAAAAUUCUAUUGCCUGCACGUUUAUGCAAAAAUUAAGCAAUAAUUUUCAAUCUACCAUUGGCAUAUCAUAUGAAUCUUUUUAUGGUAGAAAGUACCAAUCACCAAUUCACAGGAAUAAAGUUGGCGAGAAGAGGGUUUUAGGAUCAGAAGUUAUUGAAUGGACAAUUCAAGCAAUAGAUAAGAUCAUAGCUAGCAAAAAGAUGAUGGACGAAACGGAAUUAUGGGAAAAUAUGAGAAAGGAAGGUUUGUUCCCUGAUUCUCAAACAUAUGCUGAAGUUAUUCGUGGUUUCUUGGCAUAUGGGUCUCCUGCUGAUGCCAUGAAUAUUUUUGAGGACAUGAAGAAGUCUCCAGAUCCACCUGAGGACUUGCCAUUCAGGAUAUUAUUGAAGGGGCUACUGCCACAUCCCUUGUUGAGGAAUAGGGUGAAGCAGAAUUUUGAGGAAAUAUUUCCCGAUCAGCGUGUUUAUGAUCCUCCAGAAGAGAUAUUUGGAUUACGAUGAGAGACUGUUCUAAUUAUGUGGUUCCCAUUGGGAAAUAAACAUGUCUUUCCUGGAGUAGUUAGUAGAUUGUGUUUCAGCUUCGGAAAAUUCUAAUUUUGAUGGAGAGAGAAGUUGUAAUUCAAUUGCUUCUAGCUGAGGUUCUCGGCUAUUUAAACGAGAUGAAGAAAGUUAUUUCGUUAGUGAAGUUACUUCUGGAAUUUUCCUUAUCUGUUAGCAACACGAGCAGUUCACCAUGAUAUUGGUUACUUGAAGAGCAGCUUUUGAUCUCCCUUUUUACAUUAGGUUGACACACUGCAGAAGAACUAUGCACCUUUCGGGAUGUGAUAUAUUUUAGUCGUGCAUUAUUUACCCUUUGGAAUUAGAUUUGGACUUGGAUAGUAUAAUUUUACCCGUUUGUGGGUAUAGUGCAUGAUUUGCUAUGUUUACAUUUUCGCAAUAUGACCAAUUAUGAUCAUAUUUUUUGGCUAGAGAUAUAAAUUUGAUUGAACCCCCCUCAGUGUUUACUAUUUUUUAUCUUUUUCAUCUGCACGAACCGGAUCUCAUUUGGCCCGUUAGAAAAGCAAGUCGUGCAAGGCCGGUCCGGGUUGUACACCUCCAAAACUCGAGGAAAUUGGCCGCCACACCCAAUUCAAAAUAUUCUUGUUCUUCAUCAUUAACAGGAAAUCAGAGAGAGAGAGAGAGAGAGAGAGAGAGAGUGGCGUCUACAGUGAAGUAUGUUCGCGUCCCACCGAACUCGGCAAACAUGGAGGCGGCGCGGAAGCGGGUGUUUGAGUUCUUCAAGACGGCGUGUAGAUCCAUCCCUACCUUCAUGGAUAUCUACGUCCUCGACGACGUCGUCAAACCCUCCCAGCUUCGCUCCACCGUCGCCUCUGAGAUCCGCAAGAACGCUCAUGUCACUGAACCCAAGAUGCCCUCCAUCUAAAUUACAUUUCUAAUAUGCAUGUUAAAUUUACCUUUUCUUUUGGGUGUUCUUAAUGUUCAAUUCAGACGUUAUACUUGUGUCUUUGAAAGAGAUCAAACGCAUCUGAAUGAAGAAUUCUUGGGGAGUUUUUAUGAGUUGCACAUUUAAAUAAGAUUGAAUUAUUUACUAGA